AAAAAGUGAGGAAGAGAACAGGGAUGAACUGGAUUCAGAUCUCUCUCAGGACUCAUGGCUGCAUUAAUGUUCCUGUUGUUCCUUCUGUCUGAAGCAGCUUCUGACCUACACGUGGUAACCGUGCUCCCAGGAGCAAAUGCCACUCUGCCAUGUCAGGCUGCUGAUUCCUCCAUCAGCGUUGUAGAUUGGAGCAGACCUGACCUGGAGCCAGAUAAUGUCUUCUUUUACAGAGAUGGACACUUGGAACCAAAACAACAGAACCCGUCCUUUAAGGACAGGGUGGACCUGGUGGACAGAGAUCUGAAGGACGGAAACGUGUCUGUAACUCUGAAGAAUGUGAGCAGACACGACGCUGGAACAUACGAGUGUCGAGUUGAACCAGAUGGUUCAAGACGUAAAAAGAGAGCCUUCCUCGACUCUGAGCCAAUCAGAACCAUCCAUCUGCAGGUUCCAGAGCCAGCAGGUGCUCGUGGAUAUGGUGGAUUGGUAGCAGGUGUUGCAGGUGCUCUGCUUCUUGUAGUUGCUGUUGCUGCAGUGGUUGUUGGCCUGAUAUAUAAAAGACGUCGGGACAACAGACCAGAACUGCCUGCUGCUGAUGAAGCAGGAGAAGAUCAGCUCCUCUGACGUCCCAGACCUCUUUACACCCGACUGAAAAUGUCUCGAAGGCUGUUUGAACUUGUUAUAAGAUCUGUCCUGAGUGAUCUGAUCAAAAAUAGACAGCUAUAGGUACGUGUGUCCCCACCUUGGCAGCCGAAUGCAUUUCCAAAUGCGUGACCACGUGUAUUCGGAUCUCACUUCCCCACUCUAUAUGCAAAGAAACAUGCACAUCAUUUGUGUUUGCAUAAAAUAGGCUGGCUGUGUGUGAGAGUAAGUGAGUGAGUAAGUGUGUUUAGUUUAUAUAUUGUGAUGUCGUGAGAGGUUUUUCUUUGUAGCAGGUGGGGUGUAGGGCAGAGACAAGCCAAAAAGUGGUUGCAGUAAAACAGAGGUUUUAUUUUAAGCAGUCCUUUCAGAAAAUAGUCCAAAGAAAAACAGUAACUCAAACUCAAACGUACUGGGAGUAUAACUACUAGGUUUAGCAAAGUCCUGGUAGCUUAGGUUCUUUCCCCAUGAACUCUGCUUUCUUUCUCUCUGCCUCUGCUCUCUUUGUCUUCUCCCAGUGCAUGAGCACCUGCAGUAAUCAACAGGCUGAGGCAUUUGCACCUCCCUGUGCAGUGCAUUCUGGGACUUCUAGUGUGUGUGGCGGCCAUUUUGUCACUGGGAAGCCACUCCUGUAGAGGAAAAUAGCGUCCCUCUACCACACGUCCCCUUGU